AUGGGCAAAAAUCACCCCUUGUCUUCUUCCUCCUCGACAGGCAGGCAGGUGCUCGGCAGCGCCAGGGCGCUCACCUGCGCCACCUCCUGCUUGCCGCCGCCCCGGCCAGGAGAUGCCCUGGAGAACCCCCUCGCCCUCUCUCCUCUCAUCCUCAUCCUCUCCCCACCCCGGCGCUCUCUCCUCUCUCUCUCGCAGCGCGCCCGAGCUAACCCUAGCUCCGGCCAGCUCGCCUCGCCGCCGUUCCGCGCCGCCCCGCGCCAAGCCGACGCCGCCGGGAGGUCCGCCGCGACGCCCUCUACCUCCUCCGCCCAGCAGCGCAAGCCGACGGGGCCGGAAUCGGCCGAAUCGGGCCCCGCCCGUGCCGCCGGCCACCGCCUAUCGCCGCCGACUCCGACCUCCCCGCGCUCGCCGUCGACACCACCAGCUCCGUGGCGCUCCUUCUUCCGUCCAAGAGUUAGAAAAAAACCCCAGAACUCAGGGGGUUAUGGGCAAAAAUCACCCCUUGUCUUCUUCCUCCUCGACAGGCAGGCAGGUGCCUGGCAGCGCCAGGGCGCUCACCUGCGCCACCUCCUGCUUGCCGCCGCCCUGGCCAGGAGAUGCCCUGGAGAACCCCCUCGCCCUCUCUCCUCUCAUCCUCAUCCUCUCCCCACCCCCGGCGCUCUCUCCUCUCUCUCUCUGCAGCGCGCCCGAGCUAACCCUAGCUCCGGCCAGCUCGCCUCGCCGCCGUUCCGCGCCGCCCCGCGCCAAGCCGACGCCGCCAGGAGGUCCGCCGCGACGCCCUCUACCUCCUCCGCCCAGCAGCGCAAGCCGACGGGGCCGGAAUCGGCCGAAUCGGGCCCCGCCCGUGCCGCCGGCCACCGCCUAUCGCCGCCGACUCCGACCUCCCCCGCGCUCGCCGUCGACACCACCAGCUCCGUGGUGAGCUCACGGUGCUAA